UCAAGAGUAAAGCCGUCGACUGACUCUCAAACAUGACACUUUAUCAAAGACAUUCUGCUUUAUCAAUGGAGGAUUAAACAAUGCAAACCAUUUUUAAUGUUUCCUAUUGACUCGGAAUUUGAUUUGGAUUCAGACUAGAAAUCCGAACACAUAGCUCCUGGAAUAUUAAGGGUUAUUUUAGCUGCAAGCAAAGAAAUCCCUGUUGAAGCUCACGCAGAAAUGGGCCGAAAGGAGGGCGAAUAUGAAUGGAAAAAGAGCACGGAUAACAUCCAGGAUGUGUUUGACUUCAUGGAUGUUCUUGGAUCGGGAGCCUUUUCCGAGGUCUUCAUGGUGAAGGAGAGGAAAACAGGCAAGCUUUUCGCCAUGAAGUGUGUGAAGAAGAAGAACAAAAGAGACAUCAACCUUGAGAAUGAAAUCGCGGUGUUGAGAAAGAUCAAACAUGAAAACGUGGUUUGCCUGGAGGACUUCUAUGAAAGUCGGACACAUUAUUACCUCGUCAUGCAGCUAGUUUCAGGCGGUGAGCUGUUUGAUCGUAUCCUGGACCGCGGCAUGUACUCAGAGAUGGAUGCUAGUUCGGUUAUCAGACAGGUGCUUGAGGCUGUCAGCUACCUGCACAAUAACGGCAUCGUCCACCGAGACCUCAAGCCAGAAAAUCUGCUCUACUACAGCCCUGAUGAAAACUCCAAGAUCAUGAUCAGUGAUUUCGGCCUGUCCAAGAUGGAGGAUAACGGGGUCAUGUCUACAGCCUGUGGGACGCCAGGAUAUGUGGCUCCUGAAGUGUUGGCUCAGAAACCCUACAGUAAAGCUGUUGACUGCUGGUCUAUUGGAGUCAUCACUUAUAUCCUUCUCUGUGGUUAUCCUCCUUUCUAUGAAGAAACUGAGACGCGUCUGUUUUCUAAGAUCAUGAAGGGGCAGUAUGAGUUUGAUUCACCCUUCUGGGACGACAUCUCUGAGUCUGCAAAGGACUUCAUUCGCAACAUGAUGCAGAAAAAUCCUAAGAUGCGUUUUAACACCGAACAGGCCCUCAGACACCCCUGGAUUAUCGGGAAGACGGCACGCAGUCAGGACAUCUACCACUCGGUCAGCGAGCAGAUGCAGAAAAACUUCGCCAAGUCCAAGUGGAAGCAAGCCUUCAACGCCACAGUGGCCAUUAACCACAUGAAGAAGCUCCAGCAGGCUCAUUCUGAGGCCUGUGUGCGCCUCAAAGACAGCCCUCGAGAUGUGCCCGAAAUCAAAGUCAUCGCCUCCUCCACACCUGAAUCCGUCCGCAAGAAGCUGCUCUCUGAGACCCCCGAGCCCAACGGCAGCAUGAACGUCCCAUGUGGAUCCACAGAGGCCAAGAGUCAGUAUCACCCAAUGCGGGUCAGUCACAGCGAGACCACUCACGUUGGCACCCUCACCAUAGCGGAGAAGGGCAAACACGUGUACCACUCGGAGCCAGCCGAUCUCAAUGGGUAUGCAAAAAGAAGCUCCAAUCGUCCUGGGCAGAACCUGCAGACUGGUGUUUGCUCUGUCAUGUGAUCGGCUGCACUGUAAAAGCAUGAUUUUUGACAGGUCUGUGACCUCUUACCGGCCGCUGGCUGCUUUCUGUGGGCAGAUCCCGCUGCUCUGCCCCGGUCAAAAGUGUUGUCAGGACAGUUGGCCACCGGCCCGCACCGUCCUCCAAUCCUGAAGUUUAGGAGAGUGCCUCCAAAUUCUGCAAACAGAGCACAAAUACAGCCCUUCACACACUCACAAACAAUGCAGUAUCCUUGUACCAUGAUUGGUGCCGAACAUCAAAACUCUGUAUUUUUCAUUUGACGAAGCAGUUUUACAUGAUCAAGGUCAAUUAAUCUCUCUGUAUUACCACACAUUUGGAGCAGGGGUCCGUGUUACUGGACUCUUGAGUAUUAUUUUGUGCUUUUGUACAUAUUAUUCUCCGUGAUGCAUGGCUAGUUGGUAAAAUGUGCAAUAAUGUGUCAUUUUAGUGUGUAAAAACCUCAGUACACUUCACUGUAAGACAUAUUAGAUUGUAGGGCUGCACAAUAUUGGGCAAAAAAAUAAAUAUUAUCUCUAUUUCGGACAAUUUAGAUUAUUUUGGAUUGGGAUUAUUCUGUAGGGCAAUGAAUCUGCAUAAAAUAUAAUAAACAAUCUACAAGCAUGGAUAAAUUCGAUAUAAAAAAAAGAUACAAAUGAAAUAAACAAUGCUUUACGGGUUUUCUGAGGAGUCCAACAGUAUUCUGGUGUACAGUAACUGAAUGAGCAAAUGUCAAAUAAUACUGUGUAGUCUUCGUUGUAUAAUUAAUUUUAUCAAAUUAAUCAUUAUGAAAGUUACAAACAGUAAAAUAAAAUCUUUUUAAAAUCCUCAUGCAAUCACAGCCCUAAAAAAAACGCAUGCAAACUAUAAUCCAGACUCCACAUUGCAUAUAUUGCGAUGUGAGUAUUGCAAAUGGUCACAUUGAAAUAUCCAUGAUGAACUGAUAUAUUGUGCAGCUCUACUAGGGGCCGAUCACACCGAACGUGCUUUUUGCAAUGAGAGGCACCUUUUUUGAAUGGUUUUCUAAUGGGGCGUUCACAUCUGAUGCGGCUUGCAUAAAUAAAAUUGCACUAUUCGCGCAUGAUGCAUGAUCAUUUUGAUUUUAUUCGCCUCAUUCACGCAUCAAAUUCGCUUUAUUCAUGUAUCAAAUUCAUUUCACAAUACUUCUGUGUGCCCAGUGACUCUAGUUUCUUUGCUAAAUGGCUACUAUGGAUGUUAUUGAGAGAGUAGCUGUGCUUCAGGUGCUUUAGUAAGGCUGAAAAACAGCGUAGAUUUAUUUGGUGCUAUAUCUGAGUCCACUAGAUCCUUUCACAUGUGCACCCAUCUCUGUAAGUUUACCACUCCUCCAGAAACUAUACCUAGAUGAUAGAAGCUUUCAGGGGUACUUCGGACUGAGCCGAGCCCAGUUUGAUGAGCUGUUGUCCGGUGUCAGCAGCAGGAUUUCCCCUCGGGACACGCAUUACAGGCACUGCGUUAUAAUCAUACCCAUACUAGAACAAGCUUCUGUUUGAUUGACACGUCGUGAAUGUCUGCUAAAGUUCAGAUUUUCCAACUUGAGUGAUUUGUGUGUUAAGCGCAUUAAACCGUUCAAUUUGCACCGCUUCAUUCAAAUGAAUCGCAUCAUUUGUACCGUUUUAUUCGCACCAAUUGCGUUAUUUUAUUGCAUUUAUUUGUGCAAAUAGUGUCAUUUGUACCGCUUUGUUUGUGCGAAUUGCGUCAUUUGCAACACUUCAUAUGUAUGAAUCGUGACAUUUGCAACGAUUCAUUCGCACGAAUCACGUCAUUUGCACCGCUUCGUUUGCACGAAUCGCAUCAUUUGCACAGCUUCAUUCGCACGAACCGCAUCAUUUGCACCAAUUUAUUCUCACAUAUCCCGUCAUUUGCACAGCUUCAUUCACACAAAUCGCGUCAUUUGCACCGGGUCAUUUGCACCGCUUCAUUGGUGCGAAUCAUGUCAUUCACACCGCUUCAUUAACGCGAACCAUUGCCACUGUUUUAUUCGCACGAAUUGCAUCAUUGGUAUUGCUUCAUACAUGCGAAUCGUGUCAUUGGCAUUGCUCCAUUCACAUGAAUCGUUUCAUUGGCAUUGCUUCAUUCGCGCGAGUCGUUUUAUUGACAUUGCUUCAUUCACACGAAUCGUGUCAUUGGCAUUGCUUCAUUCACGCAAAUUAUUUUAUUGGCAUUGCUUCAUUCGCGUGAAUCGUUUUAUUGACAUUGCUUCGUUCACGCAAAUUAUUUUAUUGGCAUUGCUUCAUUCGCGUGAAUCGUUUUAUUGACAUUGCUUCAUUCACGCAAAUUAUUUUAUUGGCAUUGCUUCAUUCGCGUGAAUCGUUUUAUUGGCAUUGCUUCAUUCACGCAAAUUAUUUUAUUGGCAUUGCUUCAUUCGCGUGAAUCGUUUUAUUGACAUUGCUUCAUUCACUCGAAUCGUAUCAUUGGCAUUGCUUCAUUCACGCGAAUUGUGUAAUUUGCUCCACGUCAUUUGCACCGCUUCAUUCGCACGAAUCAUGUCGUUUGCACAGCUUUAUUCACACGAAUAGCAACGCAGGAUGUCUAUUUGUGUCUUUGCUUUGACAACAUAUGAAUCACUUGUGCUUGGCGCUUUGAAUGAGGUGACGUGAAUGAUGUAAUUGAAGCAGUGCAAAUGACGUGAUACGUGCAAAUGACGCAUUCAGGAUGUCUAUUCGCAUCUUUCCUUUGACUUUACAUUUAAAUCACUCGCGCAUGACGCUUAAUCCGCAUCUGAUGUGAAGGCAUAAUAAUGCUCUCACAUAUAUGCCAUUGCAUUCUGUGCGCCUGCAGUUGAAAAAUAGGCAACUGAGAGGAAAAAGCCAGCUACGUUAGUCGCAUCUUUUUUCAUUCUCAAAUGAAAGCAGAGGCAAAGGUUUUGUUGAGGUGACAGCAGUGUUUGUGUUGUCAAGAUGACUAAAGAGUAAAUACUGUAUAAGCUUAUAUGAAAGUAUACACAAGCUGCACAAUACCAAUGUCCCUUUCAGGCAAGUCGUUUCACUCAGGGGCCACCUUUUUUAAUGCUUCUCAGGCUUGAAUGGGGAAACAUCAAAUUCUCCAAAAUUGCUUGCUUAAUAUUAAAUUUCAUAUCAGGAAUCACCAAUAGAGUUAAACAACAGCUGUCGCUUUUGUCUAAUUUCUAAACGUUCGAAUCACAAAAAAUCUGCAGAAAUUUGCAUCUAGUCCGAGCCCCUUCCACGGAGAAUCCUCAGUCUAUAGCGAUCGCUGAUUGGCUUCUGUACUUGAAGGCGGGGCUUCAUUUGCUAUAUUGACGUUAAACUUUUCCCCAUUCAAAACGAUAUGAGUGACAUGUCUUGUGUAUUCUAUAGUCUGUGACAAUACACAACUGAUUGAGUAGUUGCCUAGCAACAAAAAAAGCGCAGCACACUACUUUUUUCUAGUCAACAAUAAAAGGCAGCGCCUUGCUUUCUCAGAUCAAAAAAGCGAAUUGGGUAUGAUUGGCCCCUAAGCUGGAAGUUAUUCGAUAAUUAGUUUUCUCUUUUUUCGGGUACUUUAACUAGAAAGGUUUAUUUUUGUAAUGUGUUUAUCAAUUAUAUAUUUUUUUCGUAAUGAAAUGGAUACAAAUUGUUUAUUGCCUUCUUCCACCACCAUAGUUGUUUUGUGCACUGUAAUGCAGUACUAAUACCCGACACACAUGAACUUUACUGUUAGAAAUACGGUAUUGUUACUAAUUAUCGUGUAAGAAACUGAAAAUGAAGUGUCUUCUGAACUAGAGGAGGUUUAUGUUUGUGUAGACAGCUAUACUGUCAGUGCUUUGUGUGAUAUUUUUACUAAUAAACCCUCAUAUGUAAA